AUGACAUUCCAAGGUCCUUUUAACCUCCAGGUGGCAAGAACCCCUUACCAGGUGGUUGGGACUCAGGCCUUCCGCCCGAGUGCCGCCCCCCCCUCUUGCCCAAACAACCUCAAGAAGUUCGCCGUAGGUGUGGUUGGCCUGCGCGAGCUCGCCUCCCGGCAGGUCCACUCUCCUGUUCCCAAUUCCACCGCCUCCUCCUCGGGCCUCUCAGCUUUCUUAUGUUGUCAGCGAAAAGGGCAGCUGCUCGUGUGUGCGUGGGAGACGUUGCAGGUAAUUGGGAACUGCAUCCACGGGGUCCACACCGCCGUGACACAGUGUAUUGUGACCGAGAGCAUCCUGAUUACGCGGGUGGAGUGCGAGUCCAGUGAGGACACUCUGGAGAGUGACCAUAACGUCUACGUCUGGGAUGUCAAAACCUUCGCCCCGCUCUACGAGCUCCACGGGCACUCCGCCCGCAUCACGAGCAUGGCGGUGCACCCGUCCCAUCCGAGCCUCGUGGCCACCGCGGCGCUGGAUUACAUGGUCUGUGUGUGGGAUCUCCUCCCCAAGACGGCGAACUGCUUGUGGGAUGGGGAGACGCGUGGGUUGGGGAACAUCGCCCAUCUGGAAUGGCUCCCAAACCGGAAGACGGAGCGGCAGCUUGGGGUCUCUGCAGGUUUGCUAAUCGCGGCCACGGACGUGCCGUUGAGUGUGUGGCGAUGGGAUGGCGAGACGCUCACGCAGAUAGCGGCAACGCCGAUAAAUCGCAGUAGUGGGGUAACCGCUGUCUACGUCCGGGCAACCCCACACGCCUCGCAGUGCGUCGUGCAUACCGGCAGCACUGAUGGUUACGUCCGACGGUGGGUAAUCGACGGGAAUCCCGCCGACGAGACUUGCUCGAUUGAAAUAAUCUACCAAACGAAGCUCCACCACGCUUCGAUUAACCACCUGUUAGCGAACGAACGGAUCAAUAUAAGCGGAAGCCUCUACAGCGGCGCCGCGCUUUACCACUGCCAGAAGGGUACCAAGGCAAAGUUUGAGGAGAUCGGUGGCGUCAGCUCGAUGUUCCUUGAUGACGCCAACAAACUGGUGCUGGUGGGGGCUGUGAACGGCUUCCUUUGGGUGAUCGGCUACGCCGGGUUUGAGCUUGCAGAUGCGAAGGCAAAAACUAGUGAAACGACUACGCUAUAUCGCUUUUGCAUGUGCAAAACCGCUAUCAACGGAAUUGUGCUCGAGUUGGGGAAUGAUAAUACAUGGAGGCAGCUGCUGACGGUCUCUUCAAAUGGAUAUAUCACUGCUUUAGACUACAAGCUCCGACAUGUGCAAACGGUCUCAGUUGGGAGGGCCGCCGUCAGGGAUUCUUCCUCCGAUCCCUUACCGCCUGUCAUGGCGGUUCCAUUUUUAAUUGAAAGUGCGAAAAGCGGUGGGACGCUUCUUAUAGCAAAUGUCAAAAAUAAUACCAUCUCGAUUAUUGAUCACAGCAAACCGAAUUCCUCAGAAUAUGGUUCGAUUAUGCUUCCCAAGAACAGCGUCGUGACGUGCAUACACUGGGAUGCCACGGUGGAAAAAAUGUUUAUUGGGGUUCAACGGGAAUCCGUACGUGCUUUCUGUCUAGAUUCCGCCGACUUUAAAUCAGGCAUUUGGAUUCAGAUGAACUUAUGGAAGCUUAAGUCGUACUUCCCGAUAUCUUUUUCAAAAGUUGUAGAUAAUAUCAUAGUGGUGUGUUUGUCUGAUAAUCCGAGCUCCAUCGCGAAGGCGCGAGGAUGGCUUGGAAUUUUAGUAUCCACUGAUUCUGAGCGCGAUAGCGAUGGUUUGGUGGAGUUGAAACCGCUUGAUGAUUUCAUCCCAUUUUCGGCGACUCUUUUAGAAUCCUCCGCAGCGCAGACGGGUAAGGAAAGUGCGGAGUGGUCAGCGGCGGUGGUGGUGCAAAGUACAAAAGGCCUGAUUCAGGUGUUCUCCGUAGAAAUGGCGGAUGACUCGACUGGUUAUCGAGUAAUCCCAAAGAUGGUGCUCUCCCCGCCAGCACCUCUUGGGUUCUCGAAGACGCUUAAAAGUGUGAAGGUGCGAGAUCCUUUUUCCUGUAAACCUUUUUACGCCGCAAGCUAUGAAACUCCCUCUAGUAAAGAUGUCAUCAACAUCACUUGGGUUGAGGAUUUGGUUCUAUUCUGCACUAGGGUCUAUACUUCAUUAGGCUUCAAAAGUACCCCGCUGGAGCCUAUUAAGCUGCCCAAUAUGCCAAAUCACCCUGCGCCUAGCAUCAUACGAGAAGUACACUGGAUCGAUUCACAUGAGGUGAGCAUUGUAGUGCUGUACCAAGGCUCCUCGUACGCUCUUCUAGGCUCCAAGCAAGGCAGCGAGAAUGAUACCUCCAUGCUUGCGUUGAGUUGCACAGGGGAGGUGCUGCAGUACGAUGGGGAGAAGUGGAAAACGAAGGAAACAGGCAUCAUGAUUGAUGAGGCGGAGUCAAACAAAAAGGCCUGUGUGUGUGUUUCUAGUUACUCUGAAAAACGCUACAUCGCAUUUGGCUAUUCGAACGGGUUGGUUCAGCUACUAGACGCAUCAGGUAUUUACGUGUUUGCGCGCCUGUGGAUGGGCGCCACGCCGCUGCGUGAUUUGCGUGGGGUAUGGUGCUUUGAAAAGUAUGUAAUAGUCCAGGACGACAGCGGCGCGAUUUACUCGGCUCCUUUACAUAACCGUUACUUAUUUGAUUCUUUUGUUUAA